GACGUGAAGGUCACGUUAUCGAAAGGGACCAAUAAGGGAGCUGGCUGGAUGACUGAUGAGAGUAGCGGAUUUCGAGAAAGCACUUCACUUCGAUCGAGCGCAUCGCACUGUCCACCUCGGGCCUUUUUCUCUCGUGCAGAAUAAGCAGCAAUAGAAGCAGUUAUCGAAGUCUAUAGUCGGUCUCGAAAGCGCGACGUGUACGUGAUAUCCGCGACCCAGGGCACACAGCUCUGAGGCGUCGUCGCGGUUUUUACAGUGAUAUCCGUGACCCAGGGCACAUAGUUCUGAGGCGUCGUCACGGUUCACGCCGACCCGCACAAACAACGAGAAUCCGUCUAACAGACGUGGCGUCCGCGACUCAGGGCACACAUAGCCCCUAGGCGUCGUCGCGGCAAAAAACAUAUAUCGAUUAUAAUUUAAAAAUCACAGUGUAUAGUGACAUAAGGUUUAAUAAACGUUUUAAACAUAUAUACGAAACUACAGUGGGGAACUUAGUUGCAUCCUUUCUGACAAAACAAGACCAGUAACGAGAAACUGGUCCAAACUAAACACAAUUAAGAUGAACUAUCCAAACGGUUACAGGAUUUACAUAGAUCGUUCGUAGACUGUCCAUUAGAGGAUAGUAAAACCAAAGAUCCAGAAGGGUUAAAAGUCAAAUUAAUGCCUCACCAACAGUAUGCUUUAACGUGGCUUUUAUGGCAGGAACAACAAAAGCUACCCGGUGGCAUUUUAGAUAAACAUUUAAAAAAUAUAUAAUACCGACGAUACGAGUUUAGGCAAAAUGCUAAGCAUGAUUGUUUUGAUUGUUUAUACCAAAACGAAUAUUGAUGUUCAUAAUGAAAUGAAUAACGAACAGAUUCGGAAAAAGAAACCCAUGAAAUAUCCUGAGGGUAAAACAUUAAUCGUAUGUCAAACAUGGUCAUUAUCGCACUGGAAAGAUAAAGUUCUUAACAAAUGCAUAUCCAAUUUGUUAUCUGUAGAAACGUAUCGCAGCAGCCUACAAGAAAGUGCAAAAAAUUUAGCUACAUUUGACGUUGUUAUAACAUCAAAUAUAACAUUGAUUUCUGAGUAUAAAAAUAAUUGUAUGCUAUAUAAGAUCAAGUGGAAACGAAUAAUCAUUGAUGAUUCUAUGGCCAUAAUUAAAAGCCGCAACAAUCAAAUGGCUGAAGCAGUCUGUGCACUAGUGGCAAACAAACGAUGGGCUCUUACUAACAAACCUGUUGAAACUGAACGAGAUGUAUACUCGAUUUUGAAAUUUUUAAAUUGCUCGCCAUUAGAUAAUCGAAAUGUUUGGGAAGAAUGGAUAAAAUGCAAGGACACUGGUACUCAAUCAAAAAAAUAUUGAAACGUUCGUUGAUAAAGAAGAAGAGCGCAUGCACCUCCUCGAGACAAAUAUAGAUGAAACAAGACGUAAAUUGGAAGGAGCUGAUACUGUCUUGACAUUACCAUCUUGUAGUAUUUAUUCUGCUAGAUCUCCACGUCCCAAGCAGCACAAAAAGUAUUAAAAAAUGUUUUUAAAAUUAUUUAAGAGAUCGGACGUUCAACUUGCAAUUUUCUCAGGAACCAAGGCUUAUUUCACAUCAAGAAUAUAUUUUUUCUUUGUAUUAGAAAUCAUUUCUGAGAGGGGCCGCGGCAUUAAUAAGAUUAAAAUUUUGCCAAUUGGUUUUAAUCGGAAGUUUUAAGCAGGAAAAUGUUUAAGAAAACGUUUUUUUAAUGUCAAACAAGAAUAUAUGUCGUAAUUUAUUAAAUCUCUGUAAUAACUUGGAAGAAAGAUUGGCUCAAAAAAUAACAAUACACUGCAAUAUUAUGCAUUUGCCAAAUGUUGAGCAAAACAUAAGCGGUGUGGAAAUAUUCUU